AUGGCCUCACCAGAGACGUGCAGCAUUGUGGAAACCCUCCAGUGUGAGUCUCCAAAACAAGAACCAGCUCAAAACCCAUACCAAGAUCAAAACCAAGAUCAAGAUCCGGCCCUUCAAAACCAGAACGGGAGAGAUGAAGAUGAGGAGGAAGAUGAAGGUGUCAGUUCCGGGACGGAACCUGAACUUCAGAACGAGGAACAUUUGGACUCGGAGAGGGUGGAGGAGAGCUUCCGCAUAGACCGCAAGAAACUUGAGCUCAUGCUGUACGCUCCCGCAGAAGGUUCUGGACAAACAGGAGAUGAAUUCUUUGAACGGGUGAUGAGAGAAACAGGCACGCAGGUGAAAUGGCCGUCUAAGCUAAAGAUCGGAGCUAAAUCCAAGAAAGACCCUCACGUUAAAGUGGAAGGAAAGAGAGCCAAUGUGCUUGAGGCGAAACAGAAGAUUCUGGAACUUCUCGAGACUAAAGUGAAUAAGGUGACGCUGAAGUUGGAUGUCACCCACACCGAACAUUCCCAUGUGAUUGGUAAAGGGGGCGGGAACAUUAAGAAGGUCAUGGAGGAAACUUCCUGUCACAUUCAUUUCCCCGAUUCAAACCGGAACAGUCUGACGGGAGAAAAGAGUAACCAGGUAUCUAUUGCCGGGCCGGUGGAGGGGGUGGAGUCUGCGCGGACACACAUCCGGGCCCUGCAGCCCCUGGUGCUGACCUUUGACCUCCCAGUGACUCUCAUGGGGGGUGCGGUGGCAGAUACGGGGUCACCUGUGAUACAGCAUGUGGCUCAAGCGUUUGGAGUGAGCGUGAGCUUCAGAACUCAACCCAAAAUCUACAGCAACUCCUGUGUAGUGAGAGGAACCCACGGGAACAGUGCUGCUGUGAAGAAGGCAACGUGCGCGCUCAUGGAGUUGCUGCUGGGCCCGGAGGCGGUUGCCGGGGUAACGGGGGUGGUGGUGAGCACACAGCUUGACGUGACCUCUCAACAGCAUUUGUUCCUGUUGGGUCAAAACGGUGUGAAUUUUCUCACCGUGAUGCAUCAAACGCACACACAGAUCAUCCUCCCCGACCUCAGCGCUCCGCAACACACACCCUCACUCAUGAUCCAGGGCACGGCCGACGGGGUGUGUGUCGCUCGACAGCAGCUCAUGGACUGCCUGCCAGUGUGUCUUAUGUUUGAUAUGAAGGACGAAGGCGAGUCUGACCCUCGGAAACUCGCCCAGAUGAUGCAGAAUCUGGGGGUAUUUAUCAGCAUUAAACCAAAGGUCAAGCAGACAGCAAAGUCAGUCGUCUUAAAGGGUUUAGAGAGAAACAUCGCAAAUCUCUACAAGACCAGAAAUCUGCUACUAGGCCUGGACUCCGAGGUAUCCAUGACAACCAAGCCGCCUGUGGACCCUCUGGUGGCCAAUAAUGGAAUGACGGGCUACUGGCUAAACAUACUAAUGCAACAACUGCGUCUCACAGAGACAGCGGCUGCGGUUAGCUCUCUCUCUGGAAAGCCACGCCCCUCUCCCCCACCUGGAUUGGUGGUUUCCUCAGAAGAUGGGAGGAUAGGACUUAAAGGGACAGACUCAAAAUUAGAGAAGAUUCCAGAGAAUGAAGGUCAGCUUUCAAACGGCGAGAUGGAGAAUUGUGUCACGCCACAUGCAGAGGUUAGAGAGGUUGUCGUCAAGCCAGCCGCCUCAUCGAGAAGAGGCAGCCAAUCAGACAACCCCAGGGAUCUAAAGCAAUCGCUCACAUCCGAGAGCUCACACAGGUCCGUGAGAGCGGAGGUGGAUGGUGUUUACUCGAACAGAGACAGACGCUGUAGUCUGCGAGUUUUCACCUCUAUGGACUCUAAUAAUGAGGAUCAAGAGUAUGAGAGAAAGAAGCUUCUGGCGAAUCAAGCAAUGCAACAGACGCCAGUGGUCACUGAGGUCAGGACCCCCACGGACACCUGGAGUGGACUGGGAUUCUCCAAAUCAAUGCCCGCAGAAGCUGUGAAAGAACUGAGAGCAGUGAACCGACGCUGCUAUAGACCAUACCAGCAGCAGUCGUGGAUUUCUCCAAGUGGGAACGGCAGUCAUUCUGGGAACUGGAGAGAAAGAAGAGGAUCCUUAUCUUCGUCGCCACCUGACUUAUCAUCAUCUUCAUCCUCCUUUCAGUCCUACAGAUUUUCAACAGCCCGAACAUUGGAGGGCUUCCUGACCAGCACUAACCACUCUGAGGGUGGAUCUGCAGUACCAAGACAUUUGAUUGGCCGGUUACCUAGUCCCACCCACACGGAUGAUCUCGAAGAGUUACUGGCACAGCUGGGUCUGGCGAAAUACAUUGAUAUAUUCCAAGAACAGGAGAUUGAUUUUCAGACCUUCCUGACGCUGACAGAUGAGGAUUUGAAGGAAGUGGGUGUGAGCACGUUUGGAGCACGCCGGAAGAUGAUUCUUGCCAUCACAGAUUUGAGCAAAAAGAGAAAAUGUCCAGAAGCAGCCAAUGUAAAGUCUGGUUACCUGGAAGGUGGGGCAAGUGGGCGUCUUCCACGGAUUAUGGAUGAGGACUUGGCCACCAAAAGUAUCCGCUGGUGAAGAGCAGUGAAGACUUUUUCUACAUUGCACCUGAGACCAUUAAUGCUUCGUGUCAUGUGGCCCUCGGGGACCAAUCAAAGUUUGGGACAUGAUAGAUGAUUACCAUAAUAAGGCAGAGAAGACAGAUGUGCUAUUAGUCUCAGAGGAAACAUGCUGAGAUGUCUGACCUUCAACGUGAACCAACUGCCUGUCCAACACUUUUUAUGCAAGUCUCUCUCUAUCUUUUGUUUCUCUACAUCUCUUUCUCACACUGCUCUUG